GGCCUUCAAGUACAUGCAUUUGGACCUGGUCUCAGAGUGCGCGGUUUGGGGUCUGCUUGGGCCUCUUGAGAGGUUGGAGAAAAUGAUUGGUGCCGGAGGUUGGCAGUCGUUGGUCAGGCCGGUGCGCACGGUCUGCAUGUCAGGUGGAGAUCAAGGAUAUUCAAAGACGGUCAAAGAGAACGGAAGUAAGGUGUGCUUGGAACUAGAAAAUCUUGAGUCUCUGAGUCUGCAUGACCUGCAUAACUUUCGGGCUCCAGGCCAUUUAGCUUCUGACAACUUGAUUUUCAUUUUUGCGAGCCAGCUACUGCUUCACAUCAGCACUGGUUUGUGAUGCCAUGUGAUGCCCAAGCGUGGGAAGUCUGCUGCAAAAGGUGCGAAAUCGAAGCAGGCUACAGCGUCCGAGGUCGAGGUCACCAUCGAAUCUUCGGAGCUUGAUGCCGUUGUCGGAGAAGGGCUCCACGGUACUGAGGCGCCCCUUGACGUGGGCUCUGAUGCGGAAAAUGAGUUGAACAGCUGUGAGGAUGUUGGGGCAACUUCAGGAGAGCCCAACGCAUCUUGGCACUCCGAAGACAAAGCUGAUGGAAGUGAUGGGACUCACCAAGCCGCUGCUCCAGCUGAAGUUGAAGUGGAGGCUGAGGGCUCAGCUUGGAACCGAGCACGUAGAGAAUCCGUCUAUACUGACAAGCGAGGCCACCUGCAGAGUACUUCCUGGUGCCAAGAGCAUUACGUGAGACUGCCUCGGCCCCGACACCGGACUCCCUCGAUCUUCAACUUGUAUGGUUUCAUGGAUCUUCCUGCAGUGCAAUCGUGCGAGAUCUUUUUCACCCGGGCCAUGUGUGUUUAUGAUGAAUUUUCGGAUGUUCUUGUGGCACUUUCGAUUGACAGCCGGCGGGAUCCAUGGUGGCUAGCCAUUUGCCUUUUCCUGCUGAUCAUUCCCAUUAUGUUGAAAUUGCUGCUGGUGCACCAAGCUCUACGGCGAAAGAUGGGCUGGGGCCACUUCCGCUUGGUUUUGUUCGGUCCUUUCAUGCUCACACUAAUCGAUGUGUAUUUGUUGGUCUGCUAUCCGUGGGUUAGCCCCACAGAUCCAGACUUGUUUGGCACUUUGGAGCGUCUAUCACCAUUGGUCGAGACCUUUGUAGAAGGAUUUGGGCAGUCUGCUUUCCAAUUGUACAUGUAUGCUCGAAUCACCAGCUUACCUGCAGGUUUAGGAUAUGAGACUGCGGGAUUUGAGGCUGUGAUAUUGUCCUCUUGUCUCCCAUCGAUCUUCAACAUAUGCUACAAAAUUUUUCAACUGUCGGGCGACGCAAAAAACGUAGAACUUGGCUUGUGCUCCUACUUGCAAGAGCUAGUUGCUGGGCCACUUGGUUACUCAGCACCCUUUGUGACAUUGCUUGGGAAGCGGCACGCUGUGGGCUACGACACCAUGGGCCCGCUGAACGCACUUCAGCUCAGACAGAUUGGUCGAUGCAUCGGGCCCAACAACACCACACUGGAGGAGCUGACCUUCGAUGACUUGAAUGCCGUCGACCCUGAGGUUUUGGCUGAGCCCCUAGCCAAGAAUGUCACCCUCAGGUUUGUCGAUUUUGGCCUCAGCAAGUGUGAUAUCAUGGUGAUGUGCAAGGUUUUUGAGAGCACUGUGAAUACAGAGCAGCUGACCAUUGGCUUGGUGGGCCAAGUUUGGCCGCAGGUGGUCAGAGCGAAGGUUUGCCAGGAAGUGAAACCGCUGGUGCAAACCGUGGAGGAUCAGUUUAACAACCGACCAGUUCGCGAGGUUGAUCUUGCUGCAUCAGAUUGUCUCUUCGAUUUGAGCCGCCAUGCUGAAACCUUAGGCGCCGAGCUUCUCCUGCCACGCGUGCUGCCUGGCCUGGUUCUAUGGCUCGAUGCCAGCUGCGAAGGCACCCUGCUGCGGAACAACUCGGAUGGAGGGCUGCUAGCGUGGCGCAGCAAAUUUCGAGGGCCAGGGCUGGAGACUCACUACCUUUUAUCUGAAUCCAAGAGUCCGACGGUCGAGUUUCACGGUGGCAAGCCCUCAGUGCAAUUCAGCAAGUUUCGGUCAAUGGAGAUGAAGUACCCGUUGGAGAAGAUUGGAACGAUCAUCUCGGUGCAUGCGUUCGAGAAGAUCACAGACGCACGCCACACAAAGCAAUUUUACCUUUUCACGGGGCAAGAGCAAGGCCCUUUCCACGGCGAUGAGUGGUCGGAAGGAGCUCUGAUUUCUGGGCAUGGAUCAUGGGUUCACCCGUCUCCCAAAUCUGGCAUGUACCGGCUGAAUGGGGGUGCGUGGGAGGAAGUUGGCAAAAGACGACAGAAUCCUUAUUGGACAGAGAUGCAAGUGGCCAGUUUCAAGUGCGGGGAAUCUUUCAAGCUACGCCCUGGAUGGGCCAAUCGCAUUGGAAUGGACCGGAAGGACAUUCAUCAAUUCAAGGGCUGCAUCUCUGAAGUUCUCGUUUUUGAUGACAUUCUUGCAGAUGCGGACAUCGAACAUGUGGAGGACUAUUUACUCAAGAAAUGGCUUCCGGAGGUUGAGAGGCCGGCGCGUGUGGCCGGAGAUAUUCCAGCAGGUCCAGCCAAAAGUCGGGGUCAAAGGCUCCUUGCUGCCGCAUUCCAGACCACGCACCGCUUCCUUCGGUCAAGAGACACAGUGAUAGACACAGAGUGACGAUGCAGAAGGCUAUUGACGAUGCGAAUCCCAGUGAUUGUGCGGCCAAAAGCUUGAUGUGGUCCUUCCUUCGAGGUUUUCUCUUAAUCAAAGUGUUUUUCUCUUAAU